CGAAGAGCCAACGUAAGACGGUCUUCACGGCGGAGUCCUCUCUCGUCACAUCUCCACUGGCAUAAUGGAAACUGAAUUAAAACAGCUGUGACAGGCUUUGAGAAAUAACCAAACCUACGACUUGUAACUAAACUGCUGUGGAAGAAGGUCGCGUUUGUUUGGAUGGAGAAUUUUGAGUCGUUGGUGAGUGAGCUGAAGGCAAGCUGGUUGUGAAGGUGCUGGAUUUGUUCCCCCCUACGCCCCAAGCCGGACACAGCAUGGCGGCGGGAGUAGCGGCAUGGCUUCCCUUUGCCCGGGCGGCAGCGAUCGGCUGGAUGCCCGUGGCCAAUUUGCCCAUGCCAGUGGCACCCACUGAGAAGAACAAGCGUCAGGAUGAGCUAAUCAUUCUUAAUGUCAGUGGACGGCGCUUUCAGACCUGGAGGAACACGCUGGACCGCUAUCCAGACACCCUGCUGGGGAGCUCAGAGAAGGAGUUCUUCUACAACGAGGAGACCAAAGAGUACUUCUUUGACCGGGACCCUGACGUGUUCCGCAGCGUGCUCAACUUCUACCGCACAGGCAAGCUCCACUAUCCACGCUAUGAGUGCAUCUCCUCCUAUGACGAGGAGCUGGCUUUCUUUGGCAUUGUCCCGGAGAUCAUCGGUGACUGCUGCUACGAAGAGUACAAGGACAGGAAGAGGGAGAAUGCGGAGCGUCUGAUGGAUGACCAGGAGGACAACAAGGACGCUAAGCUGCCUAACAUGACCUUCAGGGAGACCAUGUGGCGGGCUUUCGAGAACCCCCACACUUCCACCAUGGCCCUUGUCUUCUACUAUGUCACUGGCUUCUUCAUUGCCGUCUCUGUCAUCACCAAUGUGGUGGAAACGGUGCCCUGCGGCUCGUCGCCCAACCAGAAAGAAGUGCCAUGUGGUGAGCGCUACACCGUGGCCUUUUUCUGCAUGGACACAGCUUGCGUCAUGAUCUUCACCGUGGAGUACCUGAUGCGCCUGUUUGCCGCGCCUAGCCGCUACCGCUUCAUGAGGUCCGUCAUGAGCAUCAUCGAUGUGGUGGCCAUCUUGCCCUACUACAUUGGCCUGGUGAUGACUGACAACGAGGACGUGAGCGGUGCUUUCGUGACACUCCGUGUUUUCCGCGUGUUCCGUAUCUUUAAGUUCUCCCGUCACUCGCAGGGCCUGCGCAUCCUGGGCUACACGCUGAAGAGCUGUGCCUCAGAGCUGGGCUUCCUGCUUUUCUCCCUCACCAUGGCCAUAAUUAUCUUUGCUACCGUCAUGUUCUACGCAGAGAAGGGUUCAAGCUCCAGCAAAUUCACCAGCAUCCCAGCCUCCUUCUGGUACACCAUCGUUACUAUGACAACGCUCGGGUACGGAGACAUGGUUCCAAAGACGAUUGCAGGGAAGAUCUUUGGCUCAAUCUGCUCCCUGAGCGGGGUGCUGGUAAUUGCCCUGCCUGUCCCUGUCAUCGUGUCCAACUUUAGCCGCAUCUAUCACCAGAACCAGAGAGCAGACAAGCGGCGGGCGCAGAAGGUACAGAAAGCCCGCUUGGCCAGGAUACGAAUAUCCAAGACAGGAAGCUCCAACGCCUUCCUCCACAGCAAGCGCAACGGCCUGUUCAACGAAGCUCUGGAGUUCACGUUUGGACUGGAGUGUCAGUGCCGGUUGGGACCACCAGACUGGCUGCUUCUGUCCAAACAACUUCCGUACAAGAUGAACCUUUCAGAUCAGAGUUCCACUGAGGAGGAGCAGCGGUUAAGCAAGUCCACCUCUCUACUAGAGAGCCAGCACCACCACCUGCUGCACUGUCUGGAGAAAACCACUAACCAUGAGUUUGUGGACGAGCAGUAUUACCAGCAGAGCUACCUGGAGGCGGGGCUGCAGAAUUACCCGUCUCGAAGCCCCUCCCUCUCCAGCCAAGACGGCGUGACGGGCACGUGCUGCACUCGCCGAAGCAAGAAGCACCACACCCCUUUACCCAAUGCCAGUGCCGCAGCACACAUGCAGCCUUUGACGCACACGCACACACACCAACAAGGCUUGCAGGAGCUCAGCACCAUCCACAUCCAGCCCCUCAGCACCAGCCGCUCCAGUCUGAACAUGCGUGUAGACGAGCCAGCAUCCCUGAACUGCCAGAGCAGCCAGAUCACCACAGCAAUCAUCAGCAUUCCCACGCCGCCAGUGACGACUCCCGAGGGCGAUGCUCACCUGCCUGCAGGCCCCACCCACCAGAACGUUGUGAAGGUGUCCGCGCUGUGAAGACU